AUGACUGAGGUCGGGCCUGCCGACCGCUCCAGGCUUUUGCGAUCAAAACGCGAUGAAUUCACCUCAAUUGUAACGUCGAGGAAGCGGAAGCUUCGCCAGCUCUUCGCUGUCGCGACCGAGAGCGAUGCACUCCCGACGAAUGACUUCGCGAACCCCGACGCGCCGCCCACCUCAGCAGCCGAACUGCAAUUUUUGCAAACCUGCGACAUUUCACAAGGCCGAAAGCUGAAUGAAGCGAAUGUUCCCGCCCGACCUCAACUGCGCUACGAUGCGUUGAGGCACUCCCUCGAACGUUCUGGCCUUUUCGCACCAGAGCCUACGCCCGCGUCUGCUACAAAGCAAGAUGCCGUCAUCGAAUCCCAAACGAACGAAGCUCCUCUACCGUCGCAACGGCAGCCUGUAGCCGAAACCAGCGAUGGGAAGGGCAUCCCACCGUCACCUCGAACAACCGCGGGCGCUCCUCUUCCUUCAUCACUUCCGCCGAAGCCCCCAACACCUGUGUCCGUUGCAGCGGCACCGGCGACUUCGACUCCAUCCGGCGUUGCGAGACUAUCCGUUGUACCCGCCCCGGUCCCCUCGCCGUCGCCAGCUGCGGUUCCCCCAAAGGAUCCUCUUCACGCAUCGCGACAGGAGGCUAGCGAGGCUGCAGAUGCUGCAGAUGCUGAAGUCGCCGAGAAGUCCGCUCCCUCUCCGGCGCGGAAUGAGUCCAGCGGCGUCUACAAGCAGCCGGAAUCCCGGUCAGCCGAUGCGUCCCAUGUAGCUCCCGCUCAACCCUCUCAACCCGCUCAACCCGCUCCUCGACCACCGGCUACUCAACUGCCCCCCCCGCCCGAUGUCAAGCAACCGGAGGAAGCGAAGUCUCCGGCUGUGAAGCUGCCGCCCGAUGUCUCGAGGGCAGCAGAAGGGUUCUCUUCGCCGAGCUCGACCACACAAACUGCCGCGACACCGGCUGUUCAUGAUGUUUCCACAGAUACCAGCCCAGACAAUGAAGGUCCCCAAUAUUUGGAACCGGCAGAGGUUCAAAAUGAGACCGACGCAGCGGACGGUGCCGAGCAAGCUAAGGAAUCUGAUACCGGACAUUCUUCUGAUGCCGAUUCAAACCAUGCUAGAAUUCCGGACGGGCCCGAGGCCCAGCUUCUGCAGGAGUCCAUGGCGAUGGACUCUAAGCCAACACCAACAGCAGCUCAAACCGCCGCGAAGGAGCCAACGCCCCCUGCCGUCCCUGCCGUCCCUGUUGUCCCUGUUGUCCCUGUUGCCACUUCGAAGGAAGCGUCCGAGCAAGCGACGCCGUCUAUCCCACCCAUUGCGCAAGAUGCGCCUCUGACGAAGGUUGAGCCAAUUAUGUCUGCCGCAGUCAAAGAAAUCCCAGACAGCCAGGAGUCCCAGGACGCAGACAGAAUGGAUGUGGAUCAACCCGCCACUACCCAAGCAGAAGAAAAACCUUCUGUCAAGGUACAGGACACUCGUGCCGAAUCAAAGACAGCCGAGACUCAACAAACUCCAUCCCAAGCGCCAGUGGAGACUCCGCAGGACCCUGAGCGAGCGGUCACUAGAACUGCGUCUGGCACAAUAAGACAAAAGUCCGUUGCCGAAAUCUUGGGAGGAUCGACACCUAUGGACUCUGCCCAGACCGGCGUGGCCGUCAAGGUACCACCCAGCCAGCUGACGCCAAUGACGGCUACUCCCAAGUCCCCGACCAGGCCAAAAGUCUUUGCGAACAAGAAGAAGGAGAAGGAGAAAGCCAAGAACAAACCGUCCGCGGUGGUCUUUGGCAAGCAGACCAAGCGGUCCGUCGACAAGUCCCUAAUGCCCAGUCAGCAGAAGCAGAGUUUCCUCCCCACAGACGACUACUUCACGCCACUCUUUGUCCAAGGCUUUACUCAGACAUCAAAGUGGAUGAAGCCGAUUGAAGUUGUUCUCAACCAAUCCCACAAGACGGUCUCUACCCCGGACGCCUAUGUGGCUAUCCAAGAUAACCAAGCAUGUCGAGUGCUUCGCCGAGUUUAUCACCUUCAGCAGCACGACAAAUGGUCGCUACGGCAGCCCAAGAGAUGCCCAGAACCUGUUCGCCCAGAGUCCCACUGGGAUGUCCUUCUCCAUGAGAUGAAAUGGAUGAGGACGGAUUUCAGAGAAGAGAAGAAGUGGAGACUUGCGGCCGCUCGCAAUCUUGCUCACGCUUGCGCGGAAUGGGUCGCCUCGACCGAGGAUGAACGCAAGGAGCUUCAGGUCUCUUCCUAUAUCCCGCCGUUGCCACAGCCAGCCGACGCCGAGGCUGACAUAUCCAUGGCCGAGACCGCGAUGGAUGUUGUUGAUGCUCAGGCAACCCCUGAGCUGGUACCCUCCGGAGACCAAGACUCUCCCGAGCACGUCGACGAGCUGCAGGAAGAGGCUAUCGAGACAGUUGCGCCAUCCGCCAUAUUUGCUCUUGAGGAGGACGACGUCGUUUUUGAGCUUCGGAGCUCUCCGGCCACUGAUCAGCUGCUUCAGGAGCUCCCGAUGUACGGGACGCCUCUGAAGGUUCCUGCAUUUGACUUCACCGGCCCUGAGUUCGACCCCGAUGCACACUGGCGCCGUCCCGCUCUUCCGCUAAGCAAAUAUGUUGAAGGUGAGAUGAAGCUUUCCUCGGACGGGCCUCCCAGGAAGCGGAGCCGAUACCAGUACGAGGAGGAGGAAGACGACGAUGACGAGAGGGUGGUGUUUGGAUCUCAGCCUGCAAAGAAGAUGAAGUUGCCGCCGCAGAACACAGAUGUGGCCUUAUUCAAUCCCGAGAUGAAGCCAAUCAGAGACCGGCUUCACGCAGGCCAUCAGUUCCGACCCCCUGCGGAGUACCAGAUGCCGAUGCAGAACUUCUACGAGUGUCGCAGCCCCUCACAGUGGACCUUGUCCGAGGAUGACGAGUUGCGGAGCCUCGUUCGCGAGUACUCGUACAACUGGUCGCUCAUCUCAAGCCUCCUCACUCCGAGGUCUCUGUUCAACUCGGGGGCAGAGCGGAGGACGCCGUGGGAAUGCUUUGAACGAUGGAUCAAUCUCGAAGGCUUGCCUACAGACAUGCAGAAGACACAAUACUUCAAAGCCUACCAGAACAGGAUUGAUGCCGCCAACCGCGUCAUCAUGCAACAGAACCAGAUUGCUCAGCAACAAGCCGCUGGCUCGACGACGCCGGCGACGCCGGUCGCUAGGCGCAGACCGUCGACGCCUCUCAGAGUUGAGCGGCGGCGCAACCAGAAGCACUUGACGCUGAUCGACGCUAUGAGGAAGCUGGCAAAGAAGCGGGAGACAGCAGCCCAGAAGCAGCAACAUGCCACUCAGAUGGCUGCCAUGCGCAAGGCCAACGAGGCUGCGCAACCUAGAGGCCCCACCAAGACACCCAGGGACUACAGCUUGAUGAGAUGGGAGCGUGACCAGCAACUUGCCGAGAAGGUGGCUCAGUUUCAUCGGCGCCAGGAGGACCAAAGGAGGAUUGCCAUGCAGGCGCGGCAAGGUCAAGUCGCUGCCCAGAUUGCAACCACUCCUGGCGCUGGCCAGGCGCAGACAAACGCCGCGGCGCAAGUCAACGGCACCAUUCCCCGUCCGAACAUGCCCAACCAGCUCGCCGUUCCUGGCCAAGCCGGCCGAGGCCGUAUGCCAGUGCAAGCACCGACGGCCAACAUGGGCGGCGUUCCAGCCCAGAUGGGCGGGCUUGUGCCUCCAGCCAUGCAGAUGAACGGAGUCCCUCAAGCGCAGAUGCAAGCGGCGAUGCAGGCCCAGCAUAGAAUGCCAAUGCCCAACCCUCAACCCGACGUCAAUUUGAUGCUUCAGGCUCGCCGCAUCUCGGAGCAACAACGGCAAGCUGUUCAGUUGCAGCAGGCUCAACAACAAGCCCAGCAACAGGUCCACCCACAGCAACCGCAGCAGCAGCACCAACCACAGCAGCAACAGGGUCAGCAGAUGCAUCAGGGAACGCCCACAUCUCACGCAUCUCAAUCCCACUCACCGCCCAACAUGCGGCCUGCUUCGGUCAAUGGUAUCAAUGGCGCCAACGGGGUCAACGGGGUCAACCAGCAAAACAUCUACGCCAACGCCCAAGCCUUGAUGGCAUCGGUCAACAGUGCUAAUGGCGUUGGAGUAUCGACGCCUCCAGCUGGUGGCCUCCACAUGCCGAACGGUACUGCGGGCUCCCCUCGGCCCCUGACCCAGGUGCCUGCCAGCAUUCAAGUCCAGCUGAACAACCUGGAGAAUCAGUACAGGGCAAAGAACCCGAACCUGACACCCGAGCAGGUCCGCCAAGCUGCCACGGAAUAUCUCACGCGCUUGAUGAUUGCACAAAGAACGAACAUGUCGCAAAAUGCUAUGAAUGCGGCAGCCGGCGGUGGAGGUGCCGCGUCCCCCGGUAUCGCCAAUGGACUUGCGGCCACCACCAGCCCGCAUCAAUAUGCUGCUCUUCUCAGGCAGCAACAGCAGCAACAAGCGGCGGCUGCUGCUGCCCAGAAUGGCCAACCUCAGAACGGCCAGCACCAGCAGACGCACCAUCAGCAGCAUCACGGCCAACAAGCCCAAUUGCACCAUCAGCAGCAACAGCAUGGCCAGCAACACCAUGCUCAGCAGCAGCAAAAUGGCCAACAGUCUCACGCCCAGCAGCAACACGUCCAACCGCAGCAUACCCAGCACCAGCAACACCAGGUUCGAGCCCAGCCAACGCCACAGCCACAGCCCCAGCCAACGCCACAGCCACAGCCCCAGCCCCAGCCCCAGCCCCAGCACACGCCUCAACCUCCUCAGCCCCAGCAGCUGCUGAAGCAGGCUCAACAUCAGCAACAACAUCAGCCCCAGCAGGUCCAACGAACCCCUUCGGGUCAGCCUACUCAGCCGGUGCAGCAGCACCUUCAACAGGCCCAGCAGGUCCAGAAGCCUCCAACUCCUCACACGCCCGUUCAACAGGUUCAGAAGCCUCCGACGCCUGUCGCGCCUGUCGCGCCUGUACAGAAGCCUCCUACACCGCAGAUGCAGAAGGCCCAGACACCGCAGAUGCAGAAGGCCCAGACGCCGCAGAUGCAGAAGGCCCAGACACCGCAGAUGCAGAAGGCCCAGACGCCGCAGAUGCAGAAGGCCCAGACGCCGCAGAUGCAGAAGGCCCAGACGCCUCAGACGCAGCAACAGGCGCAGGCUCAACCGCAAGCGCAACAACAGGCCCAGCAGGCGGCACAACAAGCUCAGCAGCAGCGUCAAGCUAGCGGCAGCGCAACACCCUCAGCUACGCCCGCGACGUGA